AUGCUACCUGUUAACAGGAUGAAGCCCCAGUCUAGGGCCAGCAGCUCUUGGUCCCCUUCAGGUGGGCCUUUGAUGCUCAUUCUCUGACCAUAAAUAGCAAAUUUCUCUCUCAAUUCGUUUUAAUUCGCCUUUUUUUCAAAUUAUUGAAGAAAUUGCGGUGAUUUCUCUAAACCCACACCUGUUAUGUCUAUUCAUUCUUCUUCAUAAGCAGUUAAUAAAAUAGCUUUCCAAAGAUCUCAAAAUCUCUUCUUCUUUAUUUCUGUCCACUGCGAGGUGAGGGAGCUCUUUCGGAUUAAUUGUUUCUUCAGGAUCGCAGAGAAACUGCUCCGCUGUUCUUCGUUUCAGCAGCUUUCUCCUUCUUUUUUUUUUUCUUUUUUCAAGAUUCUCAUUGAUAGAACCACAACGGUCUCACAGGGGUGGACCUUGCAGACUCAAGGAGGAAGCCUCAUUUUCUGUGGAGGACUAUCUUCACUGCUCUCCUGAUCAUUGGGUGCAUACUUGUUCUGAAGCACUCUUCUGGGCACCGAGUGACGACGGCAGUAAGUAUUGCUAUCUCUACAAAAAAUAAUCUCCUGCGAGUAAUUCUUUUUCCCUUGUUUAAAAUAAUUUAAAUCCCUAUAUUUAGCAGAAAUUUGACUUUUUUGGCGCUCAUACCAUCAUGAACAGCUCCCCAGUAGAAGAUCUAGCAGAUCAAAGAGACCAUGAUUUUUUAUAUUUAUUAAUAUGUUCUCGGGCACAUGCGAUUUUUAAGAAAACUAGUUUUAUGUAAAUUUCUGGUUUUUUUUUUCCUUUUUCAGUUCUCUCAGCAUGAACAUGGCGUCACCCAUGUUCUGGUCACUGGGGGUGCUGGCUACAUCGGCUCGCACGCUGCUCUCAGACUCUUAGAGGACAAGUACAGAGUAACCAUAGUGGUAAUCUUUAGAUGAUAUGCUGGUUAUUAGGUGAUUCAAUACAUUUUUACUAAAUAUUUACUCAGAAGAACUGAAGCAUCUGCUGUGGCAGGACAAUCUUUCGCGAGGAAACAUCGGUGCGGUCAAAGUUCUCCAAGAUCUAUUCCCAGAACCUGGGAGACUGCAAUUCAUUCUCGCUGACUUAGGAGACGCAAAAGCUGUAUCCUGGUCAACGUGCGGCGUGAUAUAUUUUUUUUUCUUUGAAAAAUGAUAAUUGUUUGGACAUUGUUAUGCACCUUAACCGAUUCUCAGGUCAACAAAAUUUUCUCAGAAAAUGCGUUUGAUGCUGUGAUGCAUUUCGCAGCUGUUGCUUAUGUUGGUGAGAGCACCCUCGAACCUCUCAGGUGUGCGCCACGUUUCCUCUGCAGUUUAAAUCAGUUGAAUGCGAUAUAUUUUUUUAAUAAUUAUCUAAAUAUUUGCACAUGCUGGGCUGCUACUGCUGCUGCUUCUCUGAAUUUGUUUCGGAUUAUAAAAAAAAAAGCUGAUUUUUUUUGUGGCGAAUCCUGAUUCGAUGAUGUGUUGCUGAUAUGCUGCUUAUUCAAGUUGUUCUACUGCUGAGUUGUGGUUGCCAAGCAUUUUUGCUGUGAUUUUAAUGCUUACAAUAUUUAUUCAUGAUAAAAAGGUAUUUUGGGAAAAUAUUUAAAUCUUUAUAUAUGAAAAAAAAGAAGGUAUUUUGGGAAAAUAUUUUAAAUCUUUAUCUAUGAAAAAAAAAGAAGGUAUUUUGUGGAAAAUGCUUCAUAAACAGCAGAUUCCAGAAAUGGAUCAAGAAAUGAACUGUUGCCCCCGCAUCUUGGGAGAUCAUUUGCGAAGCAUCCAGAGAGCAGAUGGUCGUAAAAAUGGGCAUUUUCUCCGUUGACUGAAUGCUGUGGUGGUGGUGGUGGUGGGGGAUGGUUUGAUACCUUCCAGCCUCUGGAAACAUUAAGAAGUGAAGAAAGAAGCGUCCUUUGAAUCUUGUGACCUCUGCAGGUCAACGCCCACAUCCUCUAUGCUGUAUCAGUUGACCUAAGAGCGGUUUCCACUUAAAGUGAGAGUCAGCGCUCCUCGAGUUCUGUCUUGGGCAGAACUCGACAGAGUGUUUCUUCUCCACUCCAUCGAAGAUGAGGAAUAAACCCAUCUGAAUGCCCAUCAAAGCCAUCUUGUUCUUCAUUUUUUUUCAAAGGUUUUGGGGUCUCCUUCGACGGAUUAAGCUCCAGAAUUCUAUCCAUCGAGGAUUAAUUGUACUCUUUAUUCAUUUUUAUCAUCCAAUCUGGUGUAAUUUCGAUCGGAAAACUACUUGUUGUUGGGCAUUCAUCUGGAAUCAAUGGGGUUCUUGUCGUUGGCAGGUAUUACCACAACAUCACUUCGAAUACUCUGGUGGUGCUGGAAGCCAUGGCGGCCCACAGGGUGAAUAAAUUGAUCUAUUCCAGCACCUGCGCCACCUACGGAGAACCGGAGAAGAUGCCCAUCACGGAGGAAACUCCACAGGUGAGCCCAGAAGCUAGAGAGAGAAUCCUCCUCCACCCAUCUGUCGCCGGCCUUUGAUCUCAUCUGUUGCCUGUCUUCAACCGCCAGCAUCCCAUCAACCCCUACGGAAGGGCGAAGAAGAUGGCGGAGGACAUGAUCAUCGACUACUCGAAGAAACCUGGCAUGGCGGUCAUGAUUCUGAGGUCUGCUCUCUCUCUCUCUCUCUCUCUCUAGUGGAGGCGCCAUAUCUUUGAUGGGUGCAUCUGGAAGGAAAAGAAAGCAAUCUUCUCGGGGUCUUCCAGGUACUUCAACGUCAUCGGCUCGGACCCGGAGGGGCGGCUGGGGGAGGCCCCGAGACCGGAGCUCCGAGAACACGGAAGGAUCUCGGGGGCCUGCUUCGACGCCGCCCUGGGGAUCAUCCCCGGCCUGAAGGUGAGCUUAAUGGCGGCCCUCAAUGCGGUCAACGAGUCGUCAGUUUCUUGUGGGCUGUACAAACUGAAUCUUUUCUCCGGCGGGGGACUGGCGGCGCCGCCGCGUUGCAGGUCAGAGGCAGCGACUAUGAGACGGCGGACAAGACCUGCGUAAGGGACUACAUCGACGUCACCGAUCUGGUGGACGCCCACGUCAAGGCCCUCCACCACGCCAAGUCAGGCAACGUCGGCAUCUACAACGUCGGCACCGGGAAAGGUUGGUGCCACCCAAACAGAGAAAUUCCCCCCAGUUUUCAGACGAUCUUUCCGAAUUUCUUGCGGUGAAGAAGGUUGACGGAAAUGACAGAUGAUCUUUCUGACAUGGGCUUCUUCUUCUUCUUCUUCUUCUUCUUCUUCUUCGUCUUUGAGCAGGGAGGUCGGUGAAGGAGUUUGUGGAGGCGUGCAAGAAGGCGACGAGGGCGGAGAUCAAGGUGGAGUACCUGAGCAGGAGGGCGGGGGACUACGCCAUGGUCUACAGCGACCCGUCGAAGAUUAAGAAGGACUUGAACUGGUCGGCCAAGUACACCGACGUGGAGCAGAGCCUGGCGACGGCUUGGAGGUGGCAGAAGUCGCAUCCCAACGGCUACCGCCUGUAG